GUCAGCCUCGCGGCUUGGGAUAUGAUUUGGAUGAGGAAUGUGCAUCUUUUUUUCGGGGUCGCUUACCGUCCUCCAGAGAUCAGUGGGGAGGGUGCCGGGUCAGGAACUCAGCACUCUUCCUCUUUGCUUGGAGACAACCCUUUCUUUCUGAUACAGGUUAUCAGACGGGCGAUCCGGGCUCACGGAUCUGAAAGGGGGGAAAGGUAGCGGCGGAGUGGGUCAUUUUACAUCUGGUAUGUAUGUGAUCUCAAUUUUCGGCGACUGUGUAUGUCUUCUGGAUAGGCCCAUCCCCUAUCGUCCAGGCUGGGUUACAAGAAUACCUGGAUAUGCUCGUGGUCUUUUCUUCUUCAUUGAAUGGAGAGACGAGAUGGCGAGAAUCGGAUGCUGGCACCGCUGGUUCAUUCAAGGACUGGUUUCCUGUCUUCUCUUCUUUCGUUGUUUGGUCCUUGCUAGUCUUGUUCUAUGCAUUGGUCGCUUGAGCAUGAUGUAUCCAAUUUCAAACCAUCCUAAUUUGAAAUAUGAAAGAAUCUUGAUGGGCCAGAUUGGCGUUCGUCGUAUUCCGUAUUGCGCGCCGUAAACAGACUCGCCGGGCCCAUGACGUCAGAUCCCCGAGCCGGGCAGAAAGCCGCGGACAAUCUCCAGGGGUCACUCUCUCUGCUUCAUCCU